AUGCCACAGCGUUGUCGUGUAUUGAGGCUCCUGACCGCACUCUGCAAUUUGGCUUGUGAGGCAAAAGGACCAUCCUCGGGAAAACUGUGGCCAGGGCACACGUACAGGCCUGAGGACGUGUCCUGGGCAACGUCGGCGACGGCGGACGGAGACGGCGACGGCGACGGCGACGGCGGAUCCAGGUUCGUGGGGUCGGCGAGCGGUGACUGCGGGGGCGAGGGCGCGUCACCGAUCGCCUCCUCCUGGGAGGAGGUGGCACCAGCAGGAGGUUGCAAAGGCCGUGCGCCCUUCGCGGCGCAGAUGGCCGUUCCCACGGCGCCGCCCCCACCGCCGCCGCAGGCAGGAACGGCACCGCCGGCGUUCCGGCCGCCGAGGGCCAUCUCAUCAUCAGAGUGCAGGCUGGCUGCUUCCGGCGGCCGCGCCAUGGAAACCGCCCUCCCUCCGCGGCGACCUGCUCUGCAGCACAAUGAGGCGCCCGGCCGUCGCCGAGAUAAUGUCUGCGCCGGGGAACCCCCGCGAGUAAUUUAA